UGCCGGGCUGGGCUGACUGGAUGGCUGUGCAGAGCCACAUAGCCGACCAAGCGAUCCGUAACGCCAUUUCCCAGCUCCGUCUUUUAUUCCCGUUUCUAAGCAUGCCCAAGACGGUGCAAUCUUCACUGGAUUAAUACUACAGAUGCGCCCGCUCUGGACAGGAAUGAUUCGCUUAACUACACGCAUAAACGAUUAAUUGAUCACAAACCUUCUUUAUCCUGAUAUACGAUACACACAUACUGCACUCUUUUGUAUACACGCGGGAUAAAAAUGCCGGUGACAAGCCAAUCCACGUCGCCGGUUAUCUCCAUACCAACCACUAACUUUGGAGAUUUACAACCGGAAGUGAUAAAACCGCAACGCAAGAGCUUCUGUCAUGCUGUAUUUGAGAGCGGAAAUGCCAAGUGCGCCUUACUAUCGGGAACGGUUGUCGCCUUCAUUGCCGUAUCAACAUGGUGUCAAAUACUAGCGCGGGAUGAUGACCUUAAGAACAGCGAUUACGAGAACGGCGAAUAUCAGUGCACAAAAUAUCUAGCCGUGCCGAUCAUCUUCGCAUCACUGUUUUACAUAAUCUACCUAAUGGAGAACUGGCAGUACUACUCCAAGCAGGAAGACGUGAUUACCAUCAGUAUCCCAUCAAUUCAGCUGUGGAUCGAUAAGAUGAAACGAUCGCUGCCCAUCGUUUGGUGGAAAGUGACUUGUUACCAUUACGCCGUAUACCCCUGCCGUCACGGCCACUCCUCCAACUCCUCACCGGCCUCCGCCGGCAGUCGCAUCCACUCCAACGUUUCCUAUCGGCGUAUCAACAGCUGCAGCGGCGUCGGACGCUACAACUUCCUCAGCCACGGUUUCCGCGAUGUGUCCAGCCAACUGGAGGGAUUGCACAGUGAGCCCAUGGCCCGGAUCCACUUUAGUAAAUCCUUUGUCUUCUUCACCCGCGAAGCGGCUAAAGAGUUUGAGGAGCAGCGGAAGCAGUUCUUUCAGGAGUACGAAGCCCGUGAUGACUACAUGGAGAUGCGGGAGGGGAUGGAUCUGAUGGAUAUUGAUUUUCCUGAUGAGGUGGUCGUCGUCCGGGAUCCACAGAGACUGCCGUGGUGGCGCCGGCGAUGGAUGUUUAUCGUCUGCGUCCUAUUGCUCCUAGCGGCGCCACUGCGCAUUGCGCUGUCCAUUCAGACAGCUACCGUGCAUUAUAAUGUGCUGAAAGUGUUCGGGAUGGAUGCACGGGAAUCCAACUGGGAUCCCGCAUUGGCGCUGGUGCCCACGGCGGAUCAGUGUACUACGCUGCCGGAGUUGCCUAUCCAGCGCGAUAUUCUGCCUCCCAGCUAUUCGGAAAUUAUGCUGCAGACAUAUACGACGGUUCCACCCAGACACGCCGCCAACCGACCGGUGACCCUGCCCCUACCAAGUAGCGCCACUCUCUCCCCCGUGGACCGCCGCACUAGUCUGAUCAAGAGCAGCACGUUCGCCCUGGCCAGUCUGCCGCAUCGGCGAUCCAACGCCUAAGUGGAAACCCUGGCCGACGGAAUCCGGGCCCGUGGGCUGGCUACUCCCGGCUGCGAACCAGUGACGCCCAAAUCAGAGCUGAAGACCCUCGAAUACUCGGAAGUAUUACGGCGCAAUCGACCACAAAUUGUAGAGGACAGCGCCGCUAUGUAUCGUUCGCAUACGGCGCCCAAUCUCACGGCAGUCUUCGAGACGACGACACCAUGUGAUAGGAAGGGCACUUUGUCGCCUAAUGGAAUACUGCAGUAUGUCGCCGCCAAGCAUGGGACUUUAUUGUGAAUCACUGUGAUUUUUAUAAAAAUGUGCAUAAAUAAAUAGGGUAUUUACAUAACAAUCUUGGAUGUGAAAGUGUAUUUCGUAUCGACAGAAUGGUGCAACGAAAUAAAAUUCACGUGAGUUCUUAGUG